AUGUCAUACCAAGCAGCGCUGCCGGUAGCGGGCAAAUGGAAGCAGACAGUGGCUGAAUGGCUUGCUGAGGAUGUUCCGAGCUUCGAUGUGGGCGGGCUUGUCGUUGGAAGCGAUUUACGGACGGCGACACUCUGGUGCAAACAGUCAGGUCGCUUGGCCGGCGUGCCAUUCGCUAACGAGGUCUUUAAACAGUGUGGCCUCGAGGUUGAGUGGUUAUGCGAAGAGGGCACCGAUAUCGAAGCUUCUGGGGACAACAAGGUUGCUGUCGCGAAGGUCAAGGGACCCGCCAAUGCCCUUCUGCUGUCCGAGCGCACAGCCCUGAACUUACUUUCUAGAUCAAGCGGUGUCGCAACCCAAAGCCGUGAUGUUUUGAGCUUGGCUCGCAAGGCCAAGUACCCAGGAAUUAUUGCCGGCACCCGCAAAACUACCCCUGGUUUGCGUCUUGUUGAAAAAUACGCAAUGGCUGUAGGCGGCAUUGACAUGCACCGCUAUGAUCUUAGUAGCAUGAUUAUGCUCAAAGACAACCACGUUUGGAGCACUGGGUCUAUCACUAAUGCUGUCAAGGCCGCUCGUGAUUAUGCCGGGUUCUCUGUAAAAAUCGAGGUCGAGUGUCAAUCCGAAGAGGAGGCAGACGAAGCUAUUCUUGCCGGUGCUGACAUUGUGAUGCUCGAUAACUUCUCUCAAGAGGGCAUUAGAAUUACCGCUAGCAGCCUGAAGCAAAAAUACGGCUCCAAGGUUCUUCUUGAGUGCAGCGGUGGCCUUCGCGCUGAUAACCUCGAAUCUUUCUUGUGCAAGGACGUUGAUAUUUACUCUACUUCUUGGGUGCAUCAGGGAACCGGGGUGAUUGACUUUAGUCUCAAAAUUGAUCAUUAA